AUGAUUGUGCGGAAGCAGCUACAACCACAACUAGAAGAGGAAAGGAAGAAAGGAAAUAUCGCUUAUCUUAAAUAUGACAAACUUAUAGUGAAGAAACCAACUGACAAAACCAGAGAUAAAAGAAAAAGAGAAGAUUCAGGCUCACCCAAUUCAUCAACCCAAAAGAAAAUAAACUCGAAGAGUGUCUCAAAAGAAAUUAAAGGACCUAAUAUUCUUAACUAUGUUGGACGAGGCAGAACAGCCUCACUGUCUGAAAUCUCAAAAAAC